AUGUCCGACGUAGUUGUGACUAAAGGACAACCUAUUCCUGGAGAUCCAGAAAAAAAAGGGUGGCUCUUUAAAUGGACUAAUUAUCUCAAGGGUUAUCAGCGAAGAUGGUUCGUGUUAUCCAACGGAUUAUUAUCAUACUACAGAAAUCAAGCCGAGAUGGCGCAUACGUGCCGUGGAACUAUCUCACUACUGGGCGCGCUCAUACACACAGCAGACUCGUGCACAUUUGUAAUCAGCAAUGGAGGCACGCAGACAUUCCAUAUCCGAGCCCAUGACGAAGUGGAGAGACAAAGCUGGGUCACAGCGCUUGAGCUAGCAAAGGCGAAAGCGAUUCGUGCACAAGAAUCGGAUGACGAUGAAGAUCAGAUAUCGUCUGGGGCUGUCGCGGUGGGUGGUGGUGAGGGAGAGGGUGAAGAUGCUGGGGGCAUCGCUCGAGAGUUGGCCGCACGCUUUCAUGACCUCAGGACGUGUUCAGAGUUGGUGACAAGGCACGGGGCGGCGCUACAACGAUCAUUGGUUGAUCUAGAAACCCCACCCACUGACACCACUAAGCAGGUGUCCGAGAGGGCAACUCUCUUUAGGAUAUCAUGCAAUGCAAUGAUGAAUGCAUGUUCAGAAUUUAUGAGUGCUGCGGCUGCAUCUAGCGCCCGCAUGAAUCGUGCACUGCAACACGAAAGAGAGCAGAAGAUGCGUCUACAGGAGGUUGUCGAACAGCUCGCCAGGCAACAUGAUACACUCGAGAAAUCAGUCUCAGCGCGGAACACGUCAGGUGGCAACGGCUCUGGGCAAUCCAAUGAUACAGAGGAUGAAGAUCAUGAAUUCUUUGAUGCUGUGGAGGAAGGAGUGUCUUCAGCCAUGGAAGAUAAGACUUCAUUUGUGAUUAAAGUGCCUGUCAAUAGAAAAAGUAAAGUAAAAAGUGGAGAAAGCUCUGAUGAAUCUGAGGGUGAAACAGUAACAGAAACUCAACAGGUGCUAUUUUUGGAGGAUAAGGAAAGAGCAGAAAGCGCAAUGGGCGGGUCCGAGGCGAAUUCAGUAAACAAUAAACCCCCGAGUGAAAAGCAAGACAUGAAAAUCUGGCCACAUGUGUCGGAGGUCGUGAGUAUGGUAGAUGGCCACCCGCGGCGGACGCGAGUGCCUGAUAAACCCAACUACCCACUCAGCUUAUGGUCCAUCAUGAAGAAUUGUAUAGGCAAGGAGCUAUCAAAAAUACCGAUCCCGGUGAACUUCAGCGAGCCACUGUCGAUGCUGCAGCGGCUGACGGAGGACUACGAGUACUCGUCGAUCCUAGACAAGGCGGCACAGUUCGAAGAUCCCGCCCAACAACUCGCAUACGUCGCAGCUUUCACUGUCUCCUCAUACGCCACCACCUCAAACAGGACAAAUAAACCAUUCAAUCCAUUACUAGGCGAAACGUACGAGUGUGAUAGAAUGGCCGACCUUGGUUGGAGAUCAAUAUCAGAACAAGUAUCGCACCAUCCGCCGAUGGUGGCGCAGUUCUGCGAGGGCCAGUCGGGCUGGCAGUGCUGGCAGGAGUUCACCAUGACCACCAAGUUCCGCGGCAAAUAUCUGCAGGUCGUGCCGCUCGGCGGCGCCUCUGCCUCCUUCGGCAACGGCAACAAAUACGUCUGGAGGAAGGUAACGACGACGGUCCACAAUAUAAUCGUCGGUAAGCUGUGGGUGGACAACCACGGCGACAUGGAGAUCGUGGGCGAGGCGGGGCCCGCUGCCGGGUACGUGGCGCAUCUCAAGUACCUGCCCUACGGGUACUUCAGUAAGGACACCCAGCGGAAGGUUACCGGCGUCAUCAAAGAUCCACAGGGCGUGCCGCGGUACGUGUUGCAAGGUCACUGGGACAGUCGCGUGGAGGUGGCGCCGGUGACGUCAGCGUCCGCCGACAACACCGUGUGCAAGACGGGCAAGUUCACGGUCGCCUGGGAGCGGGUGCCCGCGCCCCCCGACUCGGACAAGUGGUACAACUUCACGCUGCUCGCCGCGCAGCUGAACGAGCCCGAGCCCGGCGUCGCGCCCACCGACUCGCGGCUGCGGCCCGACCAGCGGCUCAUGGAGGAGGGCCUGUGGGACGAGGCCAACGCGGAGAAGCUCCGGCUCGAGGAGAAGCAGCGCGCCGCCCGCCGCGAGUUGGAGGCGGGCGCAGAGCAGGCGGCCGCGCGAGGGCUGCCCGCGCCCCCCGGGCCCCGCCCCGCCUGGUUCACGCGCGAGGCGGCCCCCGCCGGCGCGCCCCGCCUCCGGCACCUCUACAACCACCGCUACUGGGAAUGCAAGCAGCGCCAGGACUGGGCAGCGUGCCCGGACAUUUUCUAGCCGCGCGCCCCCAGCCCCGCGCGCGACGCCCCCUGCCCGUGACCGCUCGCGUGUCCCAAGAUCGGCGCCCGUCCCGCUUCGCUCGCGAUCGUCAUCCGUUCUCUGGUGCGGUUCGUCUCACGUGUCACGGUCUCGUAGUUCUCCUCUCACCCUCCGCUUUUUCUCGUUGCGAUAGUGCAACGCCGUUUUGUCAUCACUCCUCGAAGAAUGGAGCGCUUCAAGAACGAUAAAGUGCGCGUGACCGGCGAAGACUGGGGAUAAAAUCGUAGUGUACAUAUGCUCGUGUGAGAUAGUGCGAUUACAGCUUCCCUAGAUGAUUUGGCCGAAGCGAAGAACCCGUGUAGCUAUGUUUGUCUGAUUUUUACCCGACUUAGUGCUGUUGAAAUAUUACUUUUUUUGUGAAUGUUUCUAACCAAUGCCAAGUCAUAUGAAUUGUAUAUUCUGUCAUCAUUGAUUUGUGUAUAAUUAAUGAAUUUGGAAAUUGUAUAGACUUAAGAAUUGGCAGAGCCUGAAAAAGAUUUUGCAGCUGCGAGCUUUAUCAUUAUUUUGCAGUGAAAACUUUGUAGAUACUUGACUUAUUUUAGAUGAACACAAUGUCCAUAUUCAAAAUUUUAAUGGAAAUAGAUGUUUUUUCAGCAUCAACAAAACUAGACUAUGCUGUGUCAUUUGAAUUUAUUUAAACUACAUAGUUUCAAGUAAUUUUUAAUUUGAUUAAAUAAAAAAUACAUAACAUUAAAAUCUGCGCGAGUUCAAAAUGUAGUCCGAUCAAUCGCAGUCGAGACCUUGAGAUAUCCAUCAUUUCUUCAAUGAAAACUGUGUAUAUCUGUAUUUUUAUGGAAAUAUUUAACAGAAUUAUCUUGUAUAAUAAUUUUAUUAAUUAAACUAGGCAAAAUGGUAGGUUAGACCUGCCUGUUAUAAUCUACAAUAAAUUUUAAUAAUAUCUAACGCCUACAAAAAAGAACGGUAGCAACACCAAAUAAUUAUUAGCCAAAUAAUAAUAAUGGGGAGUCGGUGCUUCGAAUAACAGGUUUGAAUUUUGCUAUGCUUCAUCACGCUACUAAUAUAGGACAUUGACAACAUAAUUAAUGUCUGUAGUAGACAUUAAAAGUAGCUCUUUGCGUCCGAAUAUUGAUGACAAGUCGUAAAAUUAUUUUAAUGCCUUUAGACUUUUGUAAGUGUUAAAAGAUUUAAUGCAAGUUGACAGCGAAGCAGUGGCGUCGUGGGUCAAUGAUAAAUGUAGAUUGGCUGAAUCACUUGCUGUCAACUUGCAAUGCUCUAGAAUAUUUUGUAAGAUCUAUUACAAUGUACAUUUUCAAGUGGAUGUAAGAUAAUUUGUUAAUAUUUUUAUUAUUAUAAUAGAACGAUAUUUGAAUACGAAGCCAUAACAUCUGUAUCAUGUUGAUUAUUAUGAAAAUAUAAUGUCGCGAAUAUUAUUUGUUUUGUUUGUAAUCCUC